AGCACGCCGCGGGCUGGGAAGCAUCAUGGCGGGGUCCUGGUGGAUGUGCUGCCGGAGGUUGAAUGGGGGCUUUACGAACUCCGGUUUAACCGAAACGCUGCGGUGUUUUAGCGGACAUGCCGCGUACUCCUCUGCAUCCCCUACGGGUAGGCCGUCCCUGAGCUCCACACCGAGGAAGGAGAGGAGGCCACUGUUUCCUGCACAAAUCCACUGCACAAAUCCUCUCUUAACCAAAUCCAAAGCUCUUAACCUGAAUCCCUCGUUACUCAGACGCCGCUCUAGUUCGCUGUAUUCGACGCUACAGUCUUGCGGCUGCAGGACGACGCACAGCGACGCAAAGCUGAGGGACCCUUUUACGUUAGCGCAGAAAGACCUGACGAGCAUAUAUGACGACAUUAAAAAGGAACUGUUCGUGGCUAAAACGGAGCUAAAGUACCUCUGCGAUUAUUAUUUUGACGGUCGGGGCAAAGCGAUCCGACCGAUCAUCGUCAUCCUGAUGGCGCGGGCCAUGAACAUCCACAGCAACAGAGCCGGGGAUCUGCUCCCGGGUCAAAGGACGAUAGCGAUGAUUUCUGAAAUGAUUCACACCGCCAGCCUGGUGCACGACGACGUGAUCGACGGAUCCGAUGAGCGAAGAGGGAAGAAGUCGAUCAACGACGUGUGGGGAGAAAGAAAGGCCAUCUUAGCCGGAGACUUCAUCCUCUCGGCGGCCACCAUGGCGCUGGCUCGCAUCGGGAACAGCGCCGUGGUGAAGGUGGUCUCCCAGGUCAUCGAGGAUCUGGUGCGAGGCGAGUUCAUGCAGCUCGGCUCCAAGGAGAACGAGAACGAGCGAUUCAAACACUACCUGGAGAAAACCUACAAGAAGACGGCAAGUCUGAUGGCACACAGCUGUAAAGCAGUUUCCAUUCUGGUGAACUCUGACCCGGAAGUCCAUGAAAUAGCGUACCAGUACGGGAAGAAUGUCGGCAUUGCCUUUCAGCUGGUAGACGAUGUGUUGGACUUCACGUCGGGCGCCGAGCAGCUGGGGAAACCAGCGGCCGCCGACCUGAAACUGGGUCUGGCAACCGGGCCGGUUCUGUUCGCUUGUCAGCAGUUUCCUGAGCUUCACGCCAUGAUCAUGCGACGCUUCAGCUCCAAAGGAGACGUAGAUCAGGCCUGGCAGUACGUCCUCCAGAGUGACGGCGUGCAGCAGACUACUUACUUGGCGCGACGAUACUGCGAGGAAGCCAUCCGACAGAUCAGCCGGCUCCGGCCGUCUCCGGAGAGGGACGCCCUCAUCCGGCUCACGGAGAUCGUCCUCAGCAGGGACAAGUGACGCUCCCGCGGGGCGUCCAUCUCUCUUUUCAGGCAGCUAAAUGUAGAACAAACUUGCCCUGCUGCCAUGUGGGACAAAGACAUAGAGGGAGGUUGGAUUGGAGCGAUUUGUUGGCUCGCAACGUGUAAAAAAUAUACUAAGAGUCGCUUUAUCUGUGGUGGAGGGGGCAAGUUACGAUUUGUGGAGGUGAUUUCAGAGGAAAACUGCACCUCAGACUUAAACCUUCGUCUUGUACUGUAACCAACAGCCUCACACGCCUCAACACGGGUAACCGGACCCUUUGAGCUGCGGAGGAUGCUGGGGGGAAAACAAUCUGUAAUUCCAAAACGUGAUGGAAUCGCCGUCAUUGUCUGUCUGGAUGUGACAUCUUCGGAUCCGUCCAAACCUCAAAGGCCAAACUGUGUGUGUGCGUUUUACACUCUGAACUUUUCUUAAGUGUCCUGUAACAACAAAAGGCCUUACCACCAACGACAGUGUCUCAAUAAACCAACUGCUUACGUUUCGGGUUUGUUAUUUAUUUCGUCUGAUCGAAAAAAAAACCCAACUCCCUCUUAAUCCACGCUUGGCUUCGUGAAUGCUGAAGUUUUAACGGUUGUCCGUGACGUACGUAAUGCGCCAAGUCGGAGCCACGAAGCUUAUCGGAAAUUGCCUUCGCCGUAAGCAAACCUCCUCCACUGCGGAAAGAGAAGUGUUGAGCAGAACAUCAUGGCUGUUAAAGUUAAUCAUUUGGUAGCGUGACCAACGCGGACUGAAUGGCUUCGUUCACUUUCACCGCUGCUACUGCUAAAACUACGGACAGACUGCAAUUCUGAAACAGCGCAGAAAAUCGACGUCAUCGUUCAGAACUUGAUUGGCCCGGUCAAAAAUCGACCGGGAAAAAUAUGCACUGUGUAGUGGAGUGAAACACUUAUUUAAAGCUUCUGCUUUCUCCUUCCACCCCCAAAUAAUCACACAGAAACAAACUUAUAUGUAUAAUCGUUUAUUAUAAAAGACUGUACAUUAAUUUCUCAAUCAACAUAUA